AGAAAAGGCAGAACGUCUGCUAUUGUGAAGAUUCUUAAUGAAUUCCGUGACCAAGUGAGAUUCAUAAGGGAGCCAGUUAUCCUCACUGGUUUUGUGAAUUAUUCAGUGUGGAGGGAAGAGAUCCUCCUCGCAGCGAGGCAAUCUCAUACAAUUGAUAUCAUAGAUGAGAGACAACUUGGACCCAAAGAGGAUGCCAGUGCUGAUAUGCAACGGUUUUGGAAAGAAUGCAAUAUGUGGCUGUAUAACUACAUGUGGUUUGCAAUCACUCUGCAAGCAAGAUCUUAUCUUGUUACACCCAAGGAACUAUCUGCCUAUGCUCUGUGGACAGCUAUAGAAGAUAUCUUUGCUGGGCGGCCUGCCAGCAAUGCCAACACUGCCAGCAAUGCCAACGAUGCCAACGAUGAUGUUGGUGAUGAUAUCAGCGAUACCAGUGAUGAUAGCGGCUACAGCAGUGUGGAUAUUGAUAUGGAUUCCAAGAUGGAAUGUUUGGAUGGAUCAAUGGAGGACAAUCCUACAAGUGAUAACAAUCCUACAAGCGAUAACAAUCCUACAAGCGAUGACGAUCCUACAAGUGAUGAUGAUCCCACAGGCGAUGAUGAUCUUGAUACUGAUAGCGACCGUGAUGUGGUUUGGGGGGGCGAUGGGCACCCUAUAUCUAUCAAUAUGAUUGUGCGAAGAGUGAUCUAUGGGAAAGGAUGGGUGGUAGAUGGGGCAGUCCCUACCACAAAGAACAUGGAUAUGCCCGUGGAGGGUGAAUUUUCAAAUACAACUUGGCCUGGUUUGAUGAUAAGUCAUAUGGAACGACCUUGUUGGAAGGAAAAGAAUGGUAUCAGUGUUAUUGCUGUAUGGGCACCUAUUCCCAAAGAGGAAAUCAGGGUCCAAAUCUUGUAA